AUGAUAAUUAAUAAAGACACCACCAUAACGGGUCAACGUGUUAUUUUAAUUCCGUAUAAGAAAUCGCAUGUAUUAAAGUAUCACGAAUGGAUGAAAUCCGAAUCCCUUCAGCAAUUAACUGCCUCUGAACCUUUGUCUCUCGAGGAAGAAUAUGAAAUGCAAAAGUCAUGGCUAAUGGAUGAGAAUAAAUUAACUUUUAUAAUUUUGGAUCGACAAAAAUUCGAGGAAACUAAUAACGAAAUAGAGUCAAUGAUUGGGGACACAAAUCUGUUUUUUGCCAAUGCAGAUGAUAGACUUUGUGGAGAAGCAGAAAUUAUGAUUGCAGAAGACUGGGCUAGAGGCAGAAAAUGCGGUUGGGAAGCAAUGCUACUCAUGCUUCUGUAUGGAAUUGAUUACUUAGGUGUUAAGCAGUACAUAGUAAAAAUAUCGUAUAUAAAUCCAGCGAGCCUAAAAAUGUUUGAAAAUAUGGGUUUUGUUGAACUUAGUAGGAGUGAAGUCUUUCAAGAAAUAACUUUGACUAAGAUGGUAGACGCUAUGUGGGUUACGUGGAUAAAAAUGACAUUAGGCGACUUUAAAAUAAUAAAUAAAAACAGUACUGAUAGUUAG